UGGCAAAGAGGAGCCAUCAAAUCCCUGCUGCCACCUCCUGGGUUGGAGCCCUAAGGAGCCCCUAUGCUGCCCCUACCCUGGCUGGACUCACAGGGAAGGAUCUGAAAUGAUGAGACUCAGCAGACUUUGCACACCUCGGGGAGCAGGAUUAGCAGAGAAGGCCUCUCACAGGAAGCAGCUUGAUCCUAGGGAGACCAGGACUCCUCCUUGCAGUAAAGCUCAGGGUUGCAGGGCAGCCUCUCUCCUUGGACUUCCGCUGGGCCCCAAAGAGACCCAGCAGAGCCUUCGGGACCAUGGUUGGACUGAAGCCUUCAGAAGUGCCACCCACAACAGCUGUGAAAUUCCUGGGGGCAGGCACAGCGGCCUGUUUUGCUGAUCUCCUCACCUUUCCGCUGGACACAGCCAAGGUCCGCCUGCAGAUCCAGGGGGAGAGCCAAGCGGUGCAGGCGGCCCGCAGUGUGCAGUACCGCGGCGUGCUGGGCACCAUCCUGACCAUGGUGCGCACCGAGGGCCCCCGCAGCCCCUACAAUGGGCUGGUCGCCGGCCUACAGCGCCAGAUGAGCUUUGCCUCCAUCCGCAUCGGCCUCUACGACUCCGUCAAGCAGUUCUACACCCCCAAAGGAGCAGACCACUCCAGCAUUGCUACCCGGAUUUUGGCGGGCUGCACCACGGGGGCCAUGGCGGUCACCUGUGCCCAGCCCACGGAUGUGGUGAAGGUCCGAUUUCAGGCCAGCGUGCAGCUGGGGCCCAGGAGCGAGAGGAAAUACAGCGGGACUAUGGAUGCCUACAGAACCAUCGCCAGGGAGGAAGGCAUCAGGGGCCUGUGGAAAGGAACUUUGCCCAACAUCACAAGGAAUGCCAUUGUCAACUGUGCUGAGAUGGUGACCUACGACAUCGUCAAGGAGCAGCUGCUGGACUAUCACCUACUCACUGACAACUUCCCUUGCCACUUUGUUUCUGCCUUCGGAGCUGGCUUCUGUGCCACAGUGGUGGCCUCGCCAGUGGAUGUGGUGAAGACUAGGUACAUGAACUCACCCCCAGGCCAGUACCACAGCCCCCUGGACUGUAUGGUAAGGAUGGUGGCCCAGGAGGGCCCCACAGCCUUCUACAAGGGAUUUACACCCUCCUUUUUGCGUUUGGGAGGCUGGAAUGUGAUGAUGUUUGUAACCUAUGAGCAGAUGAAACGGGCCUUGAUGAAUGUCCAGAUGUUACGGGAAUCUCCAUUUUGAACAAGACCGGAUGGCUACUUGAUACUUAGCUUGUACAAAACCAGUUAAGAAUGGAAUAAAACAGUGGGUCCAUGCACACAUGGACACAGAUCCACACAUGUUUACGGAACUGUUUACUUGCUGCUGAUUCAAGAAAUAGACGUAGACAAGGAGGAAGGAUUCUGGUCUUCAGCACUUUUUCUUAAGAACAUCUUUGUUUUGCACUGAUAAGAUGGGAAAUAAAUUAUAUUAAUUUUUGAAACUCGUUAGGUUGGAUGCCUAACAUUUAGGCAGGAGAAAUGGAAUCAGAACAGAUCGACUUGGAUAAAACAGAAGUUUGCAAACGUGUAUCCCCUGAAAAAUCUGAGUAGACAAUGAACCAUAAACAGGCAAGACUGCAAUCCUGGGACAGGAGUGGCACAUAAUACAGUUGGAAAUCAGCGAAGGAGUCUAGAGGGACACUGCAGAAGCGACACAAAGCUUACAACAGUUGCACAUGCAUCAAAAGCCUACUUGUAAUGCGUCUGCCACGUAGAAUCCAUUGGGAUUCUAGGAAAUGUGAGAAACAAAAGAGAAAACCUAAAACCUGUGCCAAAGCGGUCCUGUGGGCCAUUGGAGGCUGAGGCUUGUAAUCAUUCCCUGAUGACACUGGAGACUCAAGAGGGCAGCCUUGGCCCCUUUCCUGUAAAAUGGGGGUGAUAAUCCCUUCCCUGCCUACCUCACCACGGGUGUUAUGAGGAUCAAGAGAGAAGCGGGGCAUGAAAGCACUUUAUAACAGCAAAAGCUCUGUACGAUUGGAAAUAUAAGGACAAUGCCUUGGGAAAGAUUUUGUCAGGACUUGCCAGGGAAGAAGUUUUUGAGAGACACAGUUGUCUAGGGCUGAGACCAAAGGAACCAGGGAUUCAGGGUCCAGGCUGACAGCGGGUGACAUGAAGCCACAGGAGCCUCACCCACUCCAUGCAGCCUCCACUGCCUGGUUCAGUUGUGAGGCACCUUCAUGAAGGCUUGUGGGGCUUGAGGGUAAAGAGGUAGAUGACUGGCUGGCAGCCUAAAGUAGCAGGACUCAUAAUUUUUGUAAAAUUAUUAUGACUCAGUAAAGGAAUUCACACCUCAGGUGUGAGAAUAAGA